AGUAGCGUGGAGGCGCCGCCGCGGCCGCUCGACGGCAGGCACCAUUCGCCACCUUCGGCGUCCAGCCUGAUGCGAACGCGGAAUCACCACCGCGCCGACACGGCAUCCUCGCCCCGUACUACGCGCGAAGAUGCUGCUGGCGUACCGUAAACACAUCACCAGUAACAGUAACCAAAUCGGGCCACCCGAGUCGUACAAUACACGUUAGAUAGGCCUCAGGCUUAAUAAAAAAAAAUUAAACUUAUGACAAGAUACAAUAAUUAAAACAUUGUGAUUAUUAGAUGAAGCUAACUGUACCAAAUGAUGCGUCCAAAUUUUUGCUAAUUAGCUUAUUAGAGUAGGAACGAGUUGUGAUGCUAGGUCCAGUUUAGGACUGAGGGAGGUUGUGAGAGGGUGUGAUGUUGGGGCUUGGGUGGUGGGUAGUGAGAGUAUCACUCUCGUGGGCGCGGUGAGUGACCGAGAGUGGCGGUAUGGGCCUGUGAGUGUGAGCAGUGAGAGGUAGCGGGAGCGGGUGAUCGGCAUGGCGGCGGUCGCUGGCCUCUACGGGCUGGGCGACGAGCAGCGCGCGAGGCACCGCCGCGGUCAGGCCAAUGCCGAACGCUCCGAGUCCAGGGAUGACAACACGGAAGCGUCACUGCCGAAACUGUGCAGUCAAGAAGAGGAGCCGGGGAGACCACCCCAGGGCGGCGUCGUCACCUUCGAACCUAUCCAGCACGACCACGACUUCUGCGAGCGCGUUGUCAUCAACAUCAGCGGCUUGAAGUUCGAAACUCAACUUCGCACGUUGAACCAAUUCCCAGAAACACUUCUGGGCGACCCUACCCGGAGAAUACGAUACUUUGACCCUUUACGGAACGAGUACUUCUUCGAUCGAAACCGACCAUCUUUCGACGCCAUCUUGUACUACUAUCAGAGCGGGGGCCGACUGCGGCGCCCGGUCAAUGUUCCUUUAGACGUCUUCUCGGAGGAGAUCAAAUUCUACGAACUCGGAGAGCAGGCCAUUAAUAAAUUUCGUGAGGAUGAGGGUUUCAUAAAGGAGGAAGAAAAGCCUCUGCCCUCCAACGAGCGCCAGCGCAAAAUUUGGUUGCUGUUCGAAUACCCCGAGAGCUCCCAAGCCGCUCGCGUAGUGGCUAUUAUCUCCGUAUUUGUCAUCUUGCUGUCCAUCGUGAUCUUCUGCCUUGAGACCUUGCCUGAAUUUAAACACUACAAGGUGUUCAACACCACCACAAACGGAACCAAAAUCGAAGAGGACGAAGUACCCGAUAUCACCGAUCCAUUCUUCUUGAUCGAAACCCUUUGUAUCAUCUGGUUUACGUUUGAAUUGAUAGUGCGAUUCUUAGCGUGUCCGAAUAAAUUUAACUUUUUCCGUGACGUGAUGAACAUAAUCGAUAUAAUCGCCAUCAUACCGUACUUCAUAACCUUGGCAACUGUAGUGGCCGAAGAAGAAGACACGCUAAACCUGCCCCGUGCUCCAGUGUCACCACAAGACAAAUCCACCAACCAAGCCAUGAGCCUUGCCAUCUUGCGGGUCAUUCGUCUUGUACGAGUGUUCCGUAUCUUCAAACUAUCACGUCAUUCCAAGGGAUUACAGAUCCUUGGUCGGACACUCAAGGCAUCUAUGCGUGAGCUCGGGCUUUUAAUAUUCUUCUUGUUCAUAGGUGUGGUGCUGUUUUCAUCUGCGGUGUACUUCGCGGAAGCCGGAAGUGAGAACAGCUUCUUCAAAUCCAUACCUGAUGCGUUUUGGUGGGCGGUCGUGACAAUGACGACCGUAGGAUACGGAGACAUGACGCCCGUGGGCGUUUGGGGUAAGAUCGUGGGUUCGCUGUGCGCCAUCGCUGGUGUCCUCACGAUUGCAUUGCCCGUUCCCGUCAUCGUAUCCAACUUCAACUACUUCUAUCAUCGCGAGACGGACCAAGAAGAAAUGCAGUCUCAGAAUUUCAACCACGUCACUAGCUGCCCGUAUCUUCCCGGCACUAUGGGCGAGCCAUAUUUGAGUGGAAAGGACGAUGACAAGGACGACGUCUACAGUGAUCACUGACUAUACAAUAGUGUUAAUUUGUUUCUCGUUAUUAAGGACACUUCUAUCGGCAGAGACGAUAUUUGUGAUAUUACCGUAUAAGAGAAGAAAGUUGUUUUUAGGGAAACGUGUUAUGUAAAUAUUAGAUUAAGUGAUGCAAAGAUAGAGAUUAAUAGAAAUGUUAUUUAUUUUGUUAAUCAUAUUUGAGUGACAGUGUUUCUCACAGUUUUGAGGACGGUUUUGAUAUUAUUAAAUAUUAGAAACUUCCAGUCUA